AGGUUCCAGCAUCCCUGAGGGCAGAGGAGAGGCGUCGGCACUCCUUUCUGCACCCUCGCAGCACACAACGCGUUAACGUGAAGAACUUAAAAUACUCCGAGGUUCUCGGCCCCCCCCCCCCCAACUUGUCGGUACUAUUAGUUCUCCCCUUCUGAAAUUCUCGACUCACAGCUGCCUAUCAAAAAGUCCCCCAAAGUGGGAACAAAUUCGGAUUGCAUCUUUACUGAACGGGUGGGACGGUGGGGCACAGUUGGCGAUCGCUGUUUAGCUUGUUAGUGCUUCCUCCUCCUUUACCAGAGGAUACGCCAGGUGCAAGAGAUAGCACGUCAAGACUGAUCGUUUCUUGUUUUUGAAGAAGAGAACGCCGGAGGCGGAGUCCAAAUAAAUUGUCGUUCACAUGCUGUCGCUAUUCUGAAGUACCCUUUUGCUUUACUUGUUUUGUUUUUUUCAUCGGUAGUAAACACACAUUACUUUUCCCCUACCUUCCUACACAUCGUAACAGUUCUACGUUAGCGGUGCUGCUGGGUAUCGACAACGCAUUUUUCGGUCGUUGCAUCGUCAACGACUCCCCGCAGCAGCAGAAUCGCCCCUCACUGCUAUCCUUAUAGGCCUAAGCGUCUUCAACGAAGAGCGAGCGAGCGAGAAAGGGCGUUGCUCUCUAUAUAGCAUCGGCUCUGCUCUUUCUCCUUCCUGUCUUCCCUACUGCAGAGUUGCACUGCGUCCGCCCAUCGAUGUUCCAGGUCCCCCGCGAGCACGUGGCGGAGCUGGAGGUGGUGAAGCAGGCGGUGGGCGUGCACCACCGCUACCUCGACGGGUGGAUUUACCUCUUUCUGUCCAACAAGAAAUUCGACAUCAAGGAGACGAUCGCGAAGCUGCAGCGCCGCGACAACAUGGAGCGCACCGUUUUUUCCAAGUACACCAUCACCGACUUCCUCCGCGGCUCUAUGCGUGCCGGCAUUGUGCAGUACAUCGGCCGUGACUUGGAGGGCCACCCCACCUUCUACUUCAAUACUGCUCGUGAUCACCCCAAGGCGGAGCAGCGAGCGGAGCGGCAGGCAAACUUGGACAUGUUCCUCAGCUGGGCCGUGCGCUGCGACAAGAAGAACCCGAGCGCGAUGGUGACGUGGUUGAUUAACCAAAAGAACGCUUCGCUGUUGCGCAACACGGAUCUUAUUUUCCAGAAGGACAUGGCCCUGCGCAUUAGCAAGUUCUUCCCCGGGGUGGUGAGCCGCAUGUACAUCUGCAAUAUGAGCGGUGCCCUCACCUUCGUCAUGAAGCCGCUGCUCCGGCAGCUGCCCAGCUCCAUCAGCGACUGCAUUUUUCUCUUCUCCGCCAGCGACAUACGUAACGGCGAGCUGCUGAAGCGCAUCGACGCGUCGGUGCUGCCGGUGGACAUGGGCGGCAGCAACGACUGCGACAAUCCGCAGAACUACGAGCGCUUUGCCACCACCGUUGAGGGCUACUUUGCGCGCUGCAUCACCGCACUCAACAGCGGGCUGUCCAUCAAACAAAUGGAGAUGAUGGAGGAGUUCGGCGUGGACAAGGAUGGCAACCCGAUUGCUGCCGCGACUCCGUCAAAGACCACACCUCCCGGUACAGCGGCUGGUAUUGCAAAUGGGGCUGCAAUAAAGAUGCGGGAGAGCGUGGCGCCGCGUGCGAGAAUGGCCGAAGCGGCCAGCGAGGAGGUGCUCGACCACGCCGCGAUGCAGGAGGCGUGUGAGGUGACGGUGGACGCAAAGGCGCGGGAGAUCACCGUGCAGAGCGCCACGCGGCGGGGCUGGGAGGGCAGCGGAGCGCAGGACGGCCUCUCCGAUGCGUCAGCCGCCAUAGACUGGAACAUGUCGUUUGUCUCUCCGCCCGUUGCCUUGGAGUCGCCCGUGCGCCGCGUGCCGAGCGUUGAGCUGAUGGACUGCAUAAGUGUGACCGGGCGCUCGUUUGACGACUCGUUCAACUCACCGACGGCCCCCAACGGACUCUACCGCAUUGAACUCACCCACCUGGACGAAUUCUCCUUCUCCUCGGUGCUGCGUAAGGUGGAGGCGCAGAGGCCAGCGAAGACGACCUCAGCGCAGAGCGACGCCUGCGUGCGCGAUUGGGUCUCCUUCUGCUGCCAGUGCGUGGAGGUGGUGCCAAAGGUGGAGGCGCUGCUCGAGGCCCUCCGCCGCGGUGCGGUGCCGCCACCCGACGGUGACCUCGUCAGCAAGCUGCGCCGCUGCGGCCACCACAUCAUGAACCUCUUCCCGCAGACGCAGGCCACGCUCCCCUUCCCGCUGCUGGACUGGUACGCCACCGGUGCCACCGCGCGCUACCGCAGUGCCGCCCUUCAGGCCGCCACCGCUGCCAGCGACCCACCGCCGUCGCACCUGGAUGAGAUGGACAUUUUUGAGAUUAACCCGCGCCGCCUGGCGUUCCGGCUUGACUGCACGACACCCGACAACCUGCUGCUGUCGGCGCAGGUUGGCGCGGUGGAGUUCGUCGAGAACUGGGACGAGCUCAUUGCCAUCGCUCGGCGCCGGAUGCGAGUCGAGCGCCGGCUGCUGCUGACGUGGCCGCCGCACACUGACCGGCCCGUCUUAGAGCAGCUACUGCAGGCGAAGGCGCGUCAGCUAUGGCGGCAACUGAAGCCGCUUUUCCGCGUGUACAUCGAGUCCAAGGUGGGCAUCGCCAUCGCAGAGUUCAUCCGCCAUUACGGCCUUCUCAUCGCCGGUGGCCGCAUCAACGAGAGAGCGGAGUGGUAUCGGCAGCUCUUUACCGACGUGCUACAGUACCGCGAGCUGCACCGGCGCAAUUGGUUGUUCUACGUGUUUCCCCCGCUGGCCGUGGAGGAGUCCCUGACCGAUGAGCCGCCAACGUUGGAGGAGUUGCUGAGGGCGCGGGGCGAGUCCUCUCCGACUGUGGACGCAGCCGCUUCGCUCAUGACAUUGAUUGAGCAGUCGCUGCAGUACACGACGGAUCAGCUGACCACGGAGGCCGACUCCGGCGCAGUGGCGACGCGUACCAUCGUGGAGCGCUACCUUGAGGUGAGCAAGACGAAGGUAUACAUCCCUUACGACACCCAGCGAACCGGUGUUGUGCCGAGUGAGAGCAUCGAGCAGCACAAGAAGGCGGCGGCGGAUGCCCUGCGCGACGCUGAAGCCCCACUGAAGGAGCUCCUCUUCAUCAUGGCGAGUCAGACGGUGCUGCAGCACGAGUACCCGAGCACGAUGAGCGAGGCGGACAUCAAAGCCGGUCUGCAGAAGGCUAGACGCGCACACACCAACUUGAUUGCGGAGCUGCGGCAGCACCAACGAGUGGCCAUGUCCUUCACGCGUGUCUGCACCGAGCUGCAAGGCAGUUUUGGCAGUGAUUUAUAUAAUCUGCUGGCGACAUACUCAGCUGUGGCAGUGCACGCGGAGGGCUACGCGCUGGGGCUGGAGAUGCUGCUGGCCGUGGCGAUUCUGCGGACACGCAAGGACGGCGAGAGCGGCAUCCGUGACACGGUGACGUCGCCAACCAGCGCCGAACCUGUCCCUGCGCUCUCGCUGUCCAGCGAGGAGGACGCCCCAUCUGCCGCAACGGAUGGACCGUCCAAUGGAAGCAAGGCAUUCCCCUCUGUCCUGCCCGCCGUGAAGGUAGAUGUGGCGUCGUUGCUGGACACGCUCACUGCGAUGGAGGUGCCCGCGGCCCGGCUGGCCUCGCUCAAGCGCGUCUACAUCUACUAG